GACACAUUACGCGUAACUUUUAGCUUUAAAAUGAAGCGAUUUCAGGUCGUUUGACUAACUAUUCACUGUUGAAAGUAAAAAACGAAGUCACUAUGAUGAAAGGAAUGUUCUCCACUUUUAUUUUAUCCUUCGUGUUGAUGAUGGUAUGGAGUGUCCGCGCCGAUACGACUAAUAGACCAUCUUAUAUUAACCAGUACUGCAGUGUAAAUUAUCUUGACUGUUUUGGCAAAUGUUUUAAUAAUACCGUUAGUGCAGAGAAUCUGAAUAUCUUUUACAAUUGCCUUCGGGAUCAAACCUCUACAACAGGAUCAGAAGGAAUAAAACAGUUUCUAUGUGAAACUGUCACAAAUGAGCAGUUAAAAGAAUUUCAUAAAUGUAUACACUACGACAAUCUUCAAUCAGUUUUCUCUCGACAAUUUGAGUGUUGCAUUCAAAGUUGUUUUCCACUUCUCGUUGUUUACCCAUUUGUCGUUUAUAUUUGUCGUUUUAUAAGUUAACAUUUUGGAUUUUUGUUAACUGCUUUUCAGCGAAAUUUUACGUAUUUUAACGAA